AUGGCGAAGAAAAUGCCUGCGCGCGACCAGAUCGUCAAGCUAAUUGUUGGUGCUGGUCAAGCCAGUCCCAGUCCUCCCGUUGGUCCAGCUCUUGGUAGCAAAGGUGUCAAGAGCAUGGAUUUCUGCAAGGAGUUCAAUGCACGAACAGCACAUAUCAAUCCUGGAACCCCGAUGCCCGCAAGAGUCACCGUCCGUCCUGACAGAUCGUUCACGUUCGAUUUGCGCACGCCUAGUACCUCAUGGCUGUUACUUCAAGCCGCUGGAGUCAAAGAAAUAAAGGGCAAGAUCAAGGGAGCGGGCAAGCCAGGCUCCGAGACUGUCGGCACUGUCACCUUGAAGCACAUCUACGAGAUCGCAAAAAUCAAACAGACAGAGACGCGGUUAUCCGGCUUGACUCUGGAGGGCCUGUGUAAAAGUGUUAUUGCACAGGCAAAAUCGAUGGGUGUCCAGGUCGUGCCCUGA